AGGGAAGGGGUGCGGCCACAGAGACUCCAGAACUCCUGUCCUGAAUCCCCGGGUCCCCCCAGGGGCAUCCAUGACUCUCUGGAGUGCCCUGGGAUGGGGGACAAGGGUGUUUCCCAUCCCACUGCCCCAGGGGGGAACCACUUUUUCCCACUCCCCGCUUCCCUCCCUAUGCCCUAUUCUAUCAUCACUGGGGUCCCCUCCAUUGCUGGCCCCCACGGCUGCCUGUGUGACCUGUAUCACACCCUCCCUGUCCCCUGCCAGGUCUACGUCCCCACCGUGUUCGAGAAGUACACAGCAUCCCUCCAGGUUUCCGGCAAGCCCGUGAAGAUCCACCUGUGGGACACAGCAGGACAGGAAGACUAUGACAGGCUUCGCCCUCUGUCCUACUCAGAUGCCAACGUUGUCCUCAUGUGCUUUGAUGUCACCGACUCCAACAGCUUUGACAACAUCCUAACAAAGUGGUACCCGGAGGUGAACCAUUUCUGCAAGGGGGUCCCAGUGCUGCUGGUGGGCUGCAAGACAGACCUGCGGCAGGACCAGGAGGUGCUGCAGAAGCUGAAGGACAGACGGAUGGAGCCCAUCUCCCGCCACCAGGGAGAGGCCAUGGCCCGGCAGGUCCGUGCCGUGUCCUACAUGGAAUGUUCAGCCAGGUACCAGGAUAACGUCGGGAACAUCUUUGUGACAGCCUGCAGUGCCGCCAUCAGUGCUGCCCGCCGGCGGCAGCGCAAAACGAGACCCAGGAGGUUCUGCGUGUUCCUCUGAGCCCCCUGGCUUGGCACAGCCCCCCCGGGAUCUCCUGCUGUCCCCAGGCUCCGACCGCACCGUGGCCACACCUCUGCCUCUGCCACCAGAAUGCCACUGCCACCCUCCUGACCCUGGGCUGGCACUGCUGGUCACCAUGGGGUGACGGCAGGAAAGCAUCCCUGGCAUGAACUGUCACACCUUGAUCCCGGAGUCCUGCCCUUUCCCAUCAGGGAUCCCAGCAUGUCCCUGUCCCACCAGAGAACACCAUGUCCUGUCCCACUAGGAAUCCCAGCAUCCUGUCCCACCAUGGAUGGCCCUGCCAGCAGGGCUCUGGGAGCAGAGGACUGAUCUGGGGGUUCCCCUUCCUGCUGGCAGGCCAGCGCCGGAGGGUGACUGUGGGAUGGCCAUCUGCCAUUAAAGUGACACAAAACUCA